CUUCCCAGACGGUUGUCUGCUGAAACCGCGCGCGAGCUUGCUUCCGUCGUAGUCGUUCCGGAGUGUCGGACCAACAUCGGGUUGAUUUCUGGUUGUUGUUGGGGGGUUUGAGAAGUUGGAACUGCUGUUGUUUUGGCUACCUGAAGAGCAAAACCUGCGAAAUACACGAAGGUCAGUGACGCGUACGUGAUUCCGACGGUGUUGUAGCGUUUAGCCGGAGGAAAUACUUGGCAUUGUCGUUCCCGCUCCUUUCGCACACGCCGGAUCCCCAGGUCUACCGUGUAGUUCGGCUAACAGUAGGCUAUGUACGGCGCUGUAUAUAAGCGGACCACGUGCAUGCAUCGCUCGCACUGUUGCCAGUGACAGCUCGACGAAGUGACGCAUUGCGUUCGCCAGCUGAACAGUAGGCGUUUGGGCGGCUACGGCUUCGACACGGGGGGAUUUCUCCAAAAUCGAUUCCAAAACAGCAUCAUCAGCCAAAGUGGUUCUCGUCUAUCAUCCGAGCCAAAGAAAAAUAUCAGAAAAAAGUCAACAUCAAACGCAAGUAAAUAUUUGUCGCGCUCGCGGAGAUACAAAUUUCGGACGAAACGCACAAUACUCCGCACACACAGAGAAACACACACACACAAACGCAACCGGAAUGUCCGCUCAAUGAAAGGUGGCAGAUCGUCGGUUGAUCCCGGACCUUUGCCGGAAGUAUCGUCGUCGUCCACGAUGGAGCAACAUUGGAGCAGAAUCUCCCGGACGGCGGCCACCGUGCUCGAGCAGGAGGUGAACCUGUCACGGCGGGCCUGCCGGGUCGUGCCGGAACCGGUUCCAACGAAUGGUGCUAAACCGGAACAGGAAGAAUCCGGCGUAAAUAGUGAGGAGGGUUGUGUUGGGGAUGCUAGGGCCAGGUUCCUUAGGAACGAAGAAGAGGAAGAAGAAGUUGGGAAGAAGCAGAAUUCCAGUGGCCACGUUCAGUUGAGUUGUUCCGUUGUUGUUGGUUUGAUUGGUCAAGUUUUCCUGUUAGUUAAGGCACUACUAGUGAUGGGUCAUUUUGGUGGGUCCCGGAAGGGUCGUCCCGUCGGAAGCAGUAGUUUUAGCAAGUACCUAGUGAAGUUGGGCAUCUGUGUGGCUGUGGUAACCGUGCUGUUGGCCGAGGGCGGUGGAUUUGUGUUAGCUAGACCCAAUCGUAGCAAUGUGCUGGCAGGAGGUAGCGGCAGCGAGGAGGCGGCGAUGUCGUCGGAACAGCUGGUGGCCACGCCGGGGCUGGCCGGCUUCGGUUCCCUGGGGCCAAGCGAGAGUCAAUUAAAACGAUCCGCCGAGCUGGCCUCGAUAGUGUCCUCGACGGUGCCAUCGGACGGAGCAGGAGGAGGCAGUGGUUCCUCGCGGCAGGAUGGUGAAACUGGCCACGACGAGGAUGGCCAUGCCACUGGAGGGCACGAGGUGGAACGAUAUCCGGUGGCGCAGGUGGAAUUUUCCCGCGUCGAGACGCCCUUCGUGAUUGGCGUGUGGAUCCUGUCGGCCAGUAUAGCGAAAAUCGGUUUCCACAUGACGCCCAAGCUGAGCAAAAUGUUCCCCGAGUCCUGCCUGCUGAUUGUGGUGGGUGUCAUCAUCGGGGUGCUGCUGAGGUACGCCACCAACCUGCACGUGUCCCCGCUCACGCCGAACACGUUCUUCUUCUAUAUGCUGCCGCCGAUCAUCCUCGAUGCCGGGUACUUUAUGCCCAACCGGAUGUUCUUCGACAACAUUGGCACGAUCCUGCUGAUGGCGGUGGUCGGAACGAUAUUUAACAUCUCCACCAUUGGCUUCUCCCUGUGGGGGUGCGGCCUCACCGGAAUCUUCGGGGUGGACCUGCCGUUCCUGCACGUGUUCCUGUUUUCGUCGCUCAUCUCGGCCGUCGAUCCGGUCGCGGUGCUGGCCGUGUUCGAGGAGAUCCACGUCAACGAGGUGCUGUACAUCGUCGUGUUUGGCGAGUCGCUGCUCAACGAUGCCGUCACGGUCGUGAUGUACCACAUGUUCGAGUCGUACAACGAGAUUGGCACCUCCAACAUCGAGGUGAUCGAUAUCGUAUCCGGCGUGGCGUCGUUUUUCGUGGUCGCCCUCGGCGGCACGAUCAUCGGUGUCAUCUGGGGAUUCCUGACCGGGCUGGUCACGCGCUUCACCGAUCACGUGCGCGUCAUCGAGCCGAUCUUCAUCUUCGUAAUGGCCUACCUGGCGUAUCUCAACGCGGAGAUAUUCCACAUGAGCGGCAUUCUGGCUAUCACCUUCUGCGGCAUCACGAUGAAGAACUACGUCGAGCAGAACGUUUCGCACAAAUCGCACACCACCAUCAAGUACGCGCUGAAAAUGCUGUCCUCGUCGUCCGAAACCAUCAUCUUCAUGUUCCUGGGCGUGGCCACGGUCAACAACCGGCACAUCUGGAACACCUGGUUCGUCCUGCUGACAAUAGUAUUCUGUUCCGUGUUUAGGAUCAUAGGUGUUUUAAUUCUAUCAGCGAUGGCAAAUCGAUUUAGGAUACAUAAAUUAUCUAAAGUAGAUCAAUUUGUUAUGUCUUACGGAGGCCUUCGCGGUGCGGUCGCCUUCGCCCUGGUGCUCCUCGUCUCGCCGGACCACAUUCCGCUGCAGCCGAUGUUCGUGACGACCACCAUCGCGGUCAUCUACUUCACCGUGUUCCUGCAGGGCAUCACCAUCAAGCCGCUGGUGCGGGUGCUGAACGUGAAGCGCGCCAACAAGCGCAAGCCCACGAUGAACGAGCGGAUCCACGAGAGGUUUAUGGAUCACAUGAUGGCCGGCAUCGAGGACAUCGUCGGCAAAACGGGCAAUUACAAUAUUAGGGAUAAGUUUAAGAGAUUUGACAAUAGGUUCAUUCGUCCAUACCUGAUUAAGAAUUUACAGGGUCCCGAGCCGAAGAUUCUGGAAACGUACUCGAAGCUGACGAUGCGCGACGCGAUGGACUACAUGCGCCGGAACCCGUCCACGAUCGGCCAGAUGUCCGGCACCGAGUCGAUGAGCGCCCUGUUCCGCAACUACACCGGCGUCUUCGGUGGCAGGUGCGGGGCCUCGUUUCUGGGCACAUGCCCUAGCUUCUCGAAUCUGGAGAACUCAACGCGCAAUCUGGACAUGCAGGAGCUGGACUACAAUCCGUCGAAGAAAGACUUGACCGACGCAAAGAUUCACCAUUUGCUAUCGGUGGAACUGAAACCGUACCGAAGGGCAUCAACGCAUAUGCAUCGAAGACUGAGCUACAGUCGGCACGCAGUCGACGAUAGAGAUCUUACGACUCAGCAAGUAAACUAUAAAAUGCAAAUGAACAUCCGGCGGAUGAUCAGCGAGAAGAAGCAUCACAAGCGAAGUAAACGAGUAAAGGACGGCAAGCAGCAGAACCACGUCUCGUUCCCGGAGUUCGCGCAGAACGGGUCGGCCAAACAGUUUGCGCACGACUACAUCAACGAAGUUCUGCACGAGGACAACGAGGACGAGGAGAGGCUAGCGGCGGGACCGGCCGAUGAUUGGGACGGUGGUGGUCUGACGUUCACCGCCAAAUCGUCACUUGACGAGAACGGUGAGCCCACCAAAAUUGACAAACGCUUCUCCAGAGAGUCGAGAGAUUCUGAAGCGGAAACCCGCGUCCAGACGCCCACCGCCAUCGAGGCCGUGCUGCCGUGGAAGCGGGCCGACCAGGACGACGAAAACGGUGCUAUCAAACAGAACGAGUUCCCCUCGUGGGCCUCGAACAAGGAGUAUUUAGCUUAUAAUUCACCAAGUGCAACAUUUUUAGGUGGCCUAACCCAACCUAAACAGGCCAAGUCUGUAAUAGGUCUGUUCCGGCGGGAGAGUUCCGGCUCGGGUGGCAUCGUGAUCGGCGGGGUGACCGACUCGGAGACGUCGACCCCGGUCACCGCCACGACGCCCAUCGGCCGCGUCAAGAAGGACAAACGGUCCGCGUCGAUUGCCGGCUACAUCACGGUCGAUUCCGGCGGCGCUGGGUCGGACGCGCUUAACGGGGACCCGCUGGGAGUGUCGCGGGCUGCCGUGCCGCACGCCAAUGCCUUCCCCGUUACGGCCAGCCACCGGCGGAACAACCGGCGGGGCUCGAUGCUGGAACUGAGCGGCGAGGCGAUCCCAGAAGAAAACUACACAAAGUCCCUGCCAGAACGAGACAAACACGGCGGAGGCAUCGGCGCCGGUGGAGGAGGAGGAGGGUCCGGCAGCACAGCUGGCGGAGCUGGAAUCGGUGCCGGUGCGGCCGCCGCCGCCGCACUCCGCCGAGGACCGGCUCUAAUCAAGGCGUCCGGUACGCCCAAACCAGCCAACGGCGGCCGGAAGUCGACGAACCCGGCCACGACGGCCCUGCUCUCGUCCAGCUCGACCGACUCCGAGGAGGACGACGACGAGGACGAGGACUGCGGCGACGAACAGCAUCCCAUAUGAGAAAUCUUCAUCUAGGUGGUCUUUACCGGUGUGCACUUCCUCAGCCGUCGUCGUCGUUAUCGUCGUCCGGGUUCGUGUCCCAGUCCCAGUUCCGAAGUCGGCCAACCGCAGCAGCAGUAGGCGUUGGCCGGCUGCACAAAGCUUCCUUCGAUUUUAGCUCAGCUGCGAGGUAAAAAAUAGUAGCAUAACAAAAAAAAACAAAACACGUGGCCUACUAGUUCAACCCGUAUGCCCCCCCCCCUCCCCCCCUUAUUUUGGUAACGCCACUGUAAAAAGUGGGUUAAAGCAGCAGCAGCAGCAGCACUAAUCAGCAUACUCGGUAAUGUUACUUAUAUGUUAGGUUUUAUAUGUAUACAUUUUGUGGUAACCAAAACUAGACAUCAUCUUGGGUUAGAGAGGAUUAAUAUAUUUAACAUCAAAUAAGUCUGUAGAGAAGAAGAAGAAGGAGAAAAACAACUAAAGUGAUGAAAAACGGGAAACUUAAUACGCGGGAUCAAAAGUAAAAAAAGAAACAAAACUUACUGUUAGUGGACACAAUCAUGCUUUGAAAUUUUUUUAGCAAUUUUAAACCUUGUUUUGAAAAUUAUCUGCAAAAUUGACAAAUUUUAACUCUGUUCAUAGUAUUUUGAAAAUAAAAUAAAACAAGCUUUGCAAUAAACACCUCGUUUGCUAUUUCUAUUGGCAAUUCCUCUCUUCUCAAAAGCGAAGUUCUCUCGCCAACGAAAGUGAGACGAGCUCGCUUGUGAGAAAUCGCGAAACACGGUCGCGAAAAUCUCUUCCUAACUCUUAAAAAAAGCAGCACCAGUGAGACAUCUGGUAUUCUUGGAAACGAAUCUGAUUUUCAACAAAUGUGAAUCGGAGUUUUUUUAACUUGAACUUCAGAUA